GGAAAAGACAAUACAAAAACAAUGAUUGAGGAGGGUGCACUUUGAUGAUUGAAUCACGACUUCCGGUGGCUGGCUGGACACCCACAGGUUGAAACCAACACUCUUAUUAUCAAGUUACGAAAUUCAACGCCACCUGUUUGGGGGCUCCCAGAGUGGCACAGAAAGUGGGAGGAGCUUUAGGGGACUGGCAAAACCCCAGAAAGGGAUAAAAAGGGCUAGAGCUGCCGUGUUUGAUCAGAAUCAGAGCAUUGAUCAACUACCGACUACUACUUCACCAUCAAUCUUGGUAUCUAGAGCACUUUCCGAAUCUGGAGCAGAUUGACCAAGUUAGUGAAAGUAUAGAUCAAUUUUUGUGUGACAGUACAGUAAGACAAAUUCACAUUGAAGAUGAAGCCAGCAACUAGUCUCAAUUCAAGGUGUGUGGUAGAGAUGAUGUGUAUCCUUGGGUGCCUAGUCUUGGCACAAGCAGGGAGGAUAACAUACCCAGGUCAUCAUGAAAACCGGUGCAGGAGGAGUUGCCCGAUCGAACACCCUCAAGAAUUUGUGUGUGAUGCACAGUUUGUGAUCAAAGCGCAAAUUGUGUCAAAAGCCGUCCAUGAGGAGGAGACAUUCCUCUUUGGAGUGAAGGAGAUUGCGCACUACACAGUGAGAGUAAUCAGCGUCUUUAAAGGCUCAGAUCUCGUCUCGAGACACCUCGAAGAAGACGACGUCUUGACGAUCACUUCAACAAACUCUGACGUUUCAAUACCAUGUGGUUAUCCCAGUCUGGCAGUUGGUGAUGUGUACGUGCUGACAGGAAUUGAAGAGCUAGAAAGUGGGAUGUUGAAUUCCGAAGGCUGUCAGUGGAAUGAGAAGUGGAGUGGUCUGACUGUACAGCAGAAGCUUGGUCUCAACAAGAACGUCUACAUCGAAAACUGUGAUUGUAAGGUUAUUACAACCAUCAUGCAGAACCCAAUAUAUGGAAACGGAGCAGAGUCAGAGUACCAAUCAGUCGGUAAUGGUUGCUUUCUUGAUCUCAACGCCAGCGACUCACUGUCCAGAAAGAGAAGCUGCGUCAAAGAUUGCAGGUACGGAAAAGGUUGUACCUGGGUUCGCAACAGUAAUUACAGAAACGUCUGCGCUAAUGACAACCAAGUGUCCAAUGUCAUCAACAAUUAACUAGUAGGCGAAGAGAAAAUAUGUGUUGAACAGAGAUUUGUACAGUGUAGGGUGAAAAUUUCAUCAUAAUUUCAACAAAGAAAUAACAACCGACUUGUUUAAGAGCUAAGUGGUCUGUUGUCUUUGAUGAAUGAUGGAUCCAUAAGCCGAUGCAAAAAACCAAUGCUAGUGUCACCUACCUGCAAAACUGCUAAACAGCACUAGUACUUUUUUACCACACAAAGUGUGUUUAUUUAGAGACCUAAUUUUGAAGAUCGCCAUUUGUAAAAAUGUUAUCCAUCAGAAGAACAAAAAAAGUGAAAGAAAAACGGCCUGUACAAAAUUAUGGUAAUAAGUUAGAUUUAAAUUAUAUUUAUAAAAUCACGACAGCUGAAUCUUAUCACACUAACCAUCUUCACCGAUUCUUAAAAAAGGGUACACCUGAGAGUAAGCCAUGUGACACUAAAAGAAUCCCAGUGAAGAAACACCCGUGGUCAAUGUAUUUAUUGCCCAAAAUGAUUGUUUUUGGUCGAGAAAGACCAAUGUUUACUAUAAUUUAUUUAUCUUGUAUAUUUAUGCGCUACCUCCAUUAAUAAAUUUAUAAAACAUUAUAGGCCUAAUCAUUUUUUUGGCAGAGUGCACUUUCUGAUGAAUAACACAUGUCCCUUGUGUAGAUUUUGGUAUAAAACUCACACUUUAAAUCUUUGGUUUGUACCCUUUAAAGAUGCCCUUCAACUCAGUAAGUUAGUCAGCAUGAGCUUGUGCAUAAUGUUAGCCUUGAUUGUGGGGUCGGGUUUCGGCUCAGUAGUUCUUUUUCCUGCCUUCCACCUCUGUGGCCAUGGUUCAGACCCGAGCUCAUAUUUAAAGGCAGUGCACACUAUCGGUAAUUACUCAAAAUAAUUAUUGGCAUAAAACCUUUACUGGUGACAAG